AUGGUCCAUCAAGCAGAGUAUCUAGAAUCUUCGGGAUCGUCGAUAUCGUCCAUAUUACAAGGAGGCUACAACCAUCCUUUAUCUCGAGAAUGGCAGCAAGAACGACAAUUGACCAAAAACAUGUUCAUCUUUCCGUUAUUCGUGUCAGAUGAUCCCGAGGAAGAAACUCCCAUCCCAUCCUUGCCCAAUAUCAAGAGAUUUGGUGUCAACAAAUUGGUCCCCUAUCUAGACGGAUUAGUGAAAAAGGGGCUUCGCGCGGUAAUCUUAUUUGGGGUGCCUUUGAAACCAGGAGUCAAGGAUGCGGUUGGCACAGCAGCGGAUGAUCCAGAAGGCCCAGUCAUCACCAGCAUCAAAUUGUUAAAAACUCAUUUCCCCGACUUGUUCAUCAUGUGUGAUGUUUGUCUUUGUGAAUACACAGACCAUGGCCAUUGUGGGUUGUUAGAUGAAAAAGAUGGCACUUUGUUAAGAGAACCCAGUGUACGUAGAAUUGCAGCAGUGGCCGUGAACUACGCCAAGGCGGGCGCCAACUCGGUAGCUCCUUCCGAUAUGAUGGACGGCAGAAUCAAGGAUAUCAAAUUGGGCUUGAUGCAAGCAGGUCUAGCUCACAAAUGUCUUGUGACUUCGUAUGCUGCCAAGUUUUCGGGAAACUUGUAUGGCCCUUUUCGAGCUGCCGCUGGUUCUGUGCCUAGCCAUGGCGAUAGAAAAGCGUACCAGCUCCCACCGGGAGGUGCAGGAUUGGCGAGAAGAGCCUUGAUCAGAGAUAUGGAGGAAGGCGCAGAUGCAAUCAUUGUCAAGCCGUCGACUUUCUACUUGGACAUAAUCAGCGACGCAAGUAGACUCUGUCGCGAUUACCCCAUUUGCGCCUACCAUGUUAGUGGCGAAUACGCCAUGCUCCAUGCAGCUGCCGAAAAGGGCAUUGUGGACUUGAAAGGGGUAGCGUUUGAAGCCCACCAGGGCUUUUUGAGAGCCGGUGCUAGAUUGAUCAUUAGUUACUUUACACCGGAAUUCUUGGACUGGUUGCAAGUCUAG